AUAAAUGACCUGAUCUAUAAGGUGAAAAUGUGUGACAGUGUACCCCCAAAUAUUCUGCAGACGAUAUUACCGUUGCAUUCAAAUUUCAAACCCCAUAAAUCUUGUUCAAUCCACUUGCCCUAAACAAAAAAGAAACCCCAAAAAUACCACAUUUUGGAAUCAUAAUCAUAACACUCAAAAACAUGAAAUCAACUGUAAUUUCAACUCCAAAUUCUUCAGUGAAAUCAUCAUCAACCACAAUGAUGGAAUCCGAAAACAAAGACAGCUACUAUUUCCCUGGAUGUCGAAAAGAUACAAAUUGCAAUUGCGAAAUUUGCAUAGCCAGUUUCAACGCAACACUUGAUCUAAUGACUAGCAACAGCAUGCAUAAGAAGAAUUCUAUCACAAAACGCUCUAUCACUAAAGCCCUUCAGUUUCCAAAAAGCCCCAUUUCUUUUAGCCCAUCGAAUCUUUCAACCCCGAAAUCGAGCAACAACACUUCUUCUUCGUCGUCGUCUAUGUCUCCACCGCUUAAUUCCACUGCAAGAAUGAGUUUUCAUGACAAGGUGAAGAAGAGGAAAAGAGAAUUCGGGUUUGGGGUUUUGUUGAUGAGGUUGGUUUUUGUGUUGUGUGUUGUUUUUGGGCUGGAAUUCGGGUUUUCUUGGGUGGUUUCUGGGUUCUUGAAAACUGAAUUGUCACAAGAAAUUGUUAGGAAUUUGAGUGAAAAAUCAUGGGGUUUGAAGGAUUUUAAUGAAAGAUUGGUGUUCUUGAAAAAGGAGCUUGAAGGUUUAAUUGAUGAUGAUGAAGUAUCAAGUUGUAGCCCUCUUAAUUCUACUUGGAAAAUCAAUCAGGAUGGUUUGCUUUUGGCUUCGCGAUGUACAUUGUACAAGUCCAUGACAGAAGAGUUGAGCAUUUGGGGAUGGCCUUUACAAACAGCUGGUUUGCUCACAGCUGGAUUAUCUGCACGUUCGUAUGCCAUAUUAUCAGGAAGACUCACUGAGUGGUCCAAUGGGGAGAUUGGUUACUUGAUUAGAAAGGCUAAUAGUUCAUGGACUCAACAAAAAUGGAGUGCUUCUGCUGUCCAAUUGGACCCGAAUACAUGGAUUCUAGAGUACAGUCGAAGCCCUUUAACUGAAAAUGGGAAGUUGGUUUCAGCUGUGUUGGAGUUUUUGAAGUUUAGGCUGAGAAGAGAAGUUCAAAAGUUGAAACAAGAAUUCUGGCUGUUAUCUCCUUUCACGAGCCAGCACAGUGAUCUUGCAAUAGAGAGGGUCCAGAUUCCAACCUAA